UGGUGGGAGUGAGGGAGGGAGAGAGAGAGGGAGAGAAUGAGGGGCAGAUGGAGGAAGAGAUAGAGGGAGAAAGUGAUGGAGCUGAUGCUGACACUGUACAGACAGAGAAUGUCGACUGCAAUCUGGGCAUGGAAUGUUCCGGUACUGCAGGGGACCCAGUGCUUAUGGAUCAAGGAGAGACAGACUGUCUGGGUCUGAUAGAGAUCGAGGCGUUGGAGAGUGUGUUUGGUUGUUCUGCGGAAGUCCUUGAAGCGGUAGGUGAAGAUGAAGAGAAAGACUGUGUAUGUGAGGAAGAUGACCGUGACAAACCCGUCUGUGUGUCUGAAUCUAAAGUUUCAGCCGAGCCCAGCUCGCUCUCCUCUCCAGUACACGUGGAACUACAUCGUUUUGAGAGCUUAGGGAGAUCCACUUUUUCAAUCGUCCCACCCUUAGCCCCAGCCCCAAUACCGAUACCAGCCUCCACCCCAAGCCCUGCAGACCUCCAGAGAGGGGCUUUCCAGUCGAAGCGAUCCGUCUCAGUCCAGAUGCCCUCCUCCUUGUCCUCCUCCUCUCUCAGCACAUCACUUGUAUCCCAUGACAACGCCCUCCGACCCCUCCCCCAGAGUCACCUGCCAGACCGACGGAUUUCCCUCUCCAAAAGGCCGAGGUCAGACGCGGACUCGUAUGACGUCAAAGGUUCGGACUCCACCCCCGUCGUCAUGGAAACCAACGCCGCAACGCUCCCCGAGUGCCCCUCCUUCCCUCCCUCGCCCCCUCGUUGGCGGUCCCGGUACAGUUCCCAGAGGUCCGGAAGUUUCCGGGCGACGGCGGCCUCCCUGGACAAGGGGCUGUGUCAGGGGAAAGAGGGGGAAGGCGGGGGCGAGGACGAGGAGGUGGACGUGAGGUGGCGAGGCGCCCUGCGGGGGGGCACGGGAGCCUGCUGCUCUUGUGAACACCGCUGUAGCUGCUGUGCUCACAACAGCUGGCAGAAACAGCCCUCAACCUUCCCUUAUUCGGUGGAUGAACUGGAAGGGAUGAUGCGCUGUUUGAAAAAGUUCUGCAGUGUUCUCACUGACAUGGAGGAACGCCUGUCUGAGGACCAGGCCUCGGUCUACAGCUCACUCUCUCUCACAGACAGGGAGGAAGUGAGGGACAUCUUGGAGCUGAGGAAUGCAGUUAAACAGGAAGCAGGAGAGUUGGAGCUGCAACUCACUGACCUGGUCCAUCACUACGACGACAGCUUCAAAAUGAAGAUGAACAGGCUCCUGGAUGAGCAAUCGUUCCUCUGCUCCCAGCUCCGCCUCCUCCCCCCUGCCGCCACGCCCACACCUAGCCACACCUCCACCAGGAACGUAGCCACUCAGUGCUGCAUGUUGCCCUGCUCGCCUUUGACGGACAUAUCUGAGCCUCACCUCCAGUCCUCAGGAAGCACCCGGGACUUGGAUUCCAGACCGCCACUUCCUGUUUUGAACAGCACCGACGAGGGAUUGGACGGCAGCUCCACUUCCAAGUCGGACAAACUGGACUUUGUUGGUUUAUUGCAGAAAAAUGAUCUAGUUGAAGAAGUCCUUGCGCCAUUCCGUCAACACAGACUUGUUGGAAUGAAAGCUCACACUCCAGUCUUUGAGCUCUGUGUCUCCUGAGUGCUACACUGUCACGUCCAUGUGUACUUCAUCGACGUGGAGAGGAGGAAAAACACACUUCACCCACGGCCCAGGAUAUUACCCUGACAAACACGGGCUGGACUGUAAACAGUACACACACACACACACACACACACAUACACACACACACACACACACCCAGUAAGGUACAGGACAGGCAAUCUGUGUUUGUCAAGGAUGUUCUAUUCAUUUCAGGGUUGUGAAAUUUCAUUGACACUUGCAAAAUUCAAGAAUUCAAGAAGAAUUAAAAUGGUACAUGGAAAAGGUCCACAGUUUUGUAUGUUAUAAUAUUGUAACCGAAAAUCUCUCAUACAAGCCUGUGUGUGUGUGUGUGUGUGUGUGUGCGCGCGCGGUGGCGGUAAGGGGGUAGCACUGAAUCUAUCCCAGAAAUACACUCACCUCCACACUCAACACAGGAGGGAAAUGCCACUUGCCUCAGAACACUUUUCUUUCAGACAUCAAAGGGUUCUGGUUGAUUGAAACAUGAGUGUUUAUUUGUAACUAGAGGACAAUAGAGGCUGUGGAAAUAAUAUAUAACAUAAGGAUCAUGAGAAUAACAUUGAAAAGCUUGUUGGGAAAAAUUAUCGACCCCCAUAUUAAGUGCUCAUGGACAUUUUAAAAUGUUAAUCGUGCCGAAUUUAUAACAUUUACUUUUCAAUGAUUCUAUGAAAAAAUCUAAGCUUGAUUUGGCAAGGAUGUCCUCGCCAAAAUCCUUAGGUAUACCAGUAGAAGUCGUAGACGGUACAGAACUUUCACUCAUGAAAUGUUCCUUCUAGUAGCCUACAUAAACACUUUCUUUCCUGAUUCAUAAUUUUUCCAUCUUCAACAUUCGUCUUCAAAGAUUAUUUUCUUUCUAUGCUUUUCAUCUUCUAUAUGUUUAAAAUAUAAUUUCCUACUUCAUGAAAACAAUCUCCCUGUCUCUCCUCUUCUUUCUAGUUCUCUUUCCCCCUAUCUUCCUCCACAGAGAGCUCCACUUGUGUCCAGAAGGUUAUUGAACCUGUUGAAGAUUACUAAUUAGAGCGUCAUUGAAAUUCAUGUUUAAAAGCGAUCUAGCGGAUGGCGGAUGAGUACUUCUGGUAGUCGUGACAACCGGGUCUAAUGGUGACAGCGACGGAGGAUGCUCCUCCUCCGAGCUACAUAAACAGAGCUUUGAUCUGGCCUGACACUCGUCUGACUGUCAUCCUCUGGCGCUCUCCACCGGUCCGUCCGUCCGUCCGUUUGUCUGUCUGCUCACGGAACAGCAGGGGUAAGACAUAGCCUACUCUAUCUGUAUCAGUUCCCAACCCCCGGCUUUGCUCUGCAUUUCUGUUAAAGUUCUGUUCUUCUUUCUUGGCUGUUUUCCCCCUUUUCUGUGCUUUUUGUCUAAACUCAGUUUUAUGCCAUGCCAUUCUUAUACAGUCCUGAUCUAACUUUCAUUGUGUGCCGUUACUUACACUCUUUCACGUGUUUAAAGUUGUAGACAUAGAGACAAAGAGACUUUCCAUGUAAGCCUGUGUACUUUAUUUGAUGUUUAGUGUUGGCGGCCUUGUUCCCAAACAUUUCAAUAGACAAAUAGCCACAAACUAUGAGGAUUGUGAUUUUUACCUCCAAUUCACUGGAACAUUUUCUGAUUUGCAAUCUAAAGAUAAUAUACUGUUACAAGUAACCAGAAGAAUACACCAUAGUUAAUCAGACUUGAAAACCAAACCCCACAGACAAAGACGUCAGUUGGGUCUGAGAAGCCAUAUUGACACAGUCAUAAAUUAUGGAUCUGUAUGCAGGGUAUGAGAGAAAGAGAAAUAGAGGGAGAGAGACAUAGACAUAGACAUGGAGAGAGAGAGAGAG